GUGUUUCCUACACCCCCGCCCCCCGUGCCGCUCCUCUCUGAUGACACUCUCCUCCUUUUUAAUUCUCAGUAAAUUCCAGCAGUGAGGAGAAGCGCGCGUGUGUUUUCUGCAUUUAUUCACGUCUGCGUUCCUCAGUUGUUUAGAAAGAAGGGAGAAACAGAUGAAUGGAGUGUGCGAUGAGAGUGAGGUAAAGCCGGCGAUUGAAAAAAGACUGUCGCUGCGAGCGCUCAGCGGAUGAGAGAAGCCGCUGCAUGCACAUCUGGAAGAGCUCAAGAAGCUGCACCUGAACGGACGAGAUCUUCUUCACUGAGACACUUUCUUCUUCAACCACCUUUUUUGUUUGUGUCUUUGGAUCUUUCUCUCUCUUUCUGCCGGAGCGAUGGAAUGUUUUCCCACUGAGCAGUGAGUGAACCGAGGAGAGGGCGCAGGAGGACACUAAAAUGGGAGCAUUAUUUGGAGUGAGGUAGGUCUGACAAGUUGACCAGUGAAGGAAGAAGAACAGCAAAAGAUGGACAAACGGACACAGAUGAAGAGGGGAUUAAAAAGCUUUCUCAUAUGGGAGUUUGAGCAGAUUGUUGUGUGCUGAGUGUAGUUGUCCUACACAAGUUUGUUUUGGAGACGGAUCCCGGGGAGCCACCACAGGAGGGGAGAACACCUUCCAAGCAGUCAUUCAUUCCCCACCCCCUCAUCUGCACCUACUCCCCUCCCAUCUUCCCAAACGUACCCUCCCUCCCUGCCUCCCCCGUCAGCUACCUGCGCCAGUCAUAACACGCCACAGUCACAGACUUACAUUCAUCAAGUCGGAGUGGCCCCUUCUAUUCUACCAGAGGAAACACUGUGGACACGUUCAGGAUGUCAAGAGCCUCCAGGCUGGCCCGGCCUGCUUCAGCCGGCGCCGGAUCCAAGCUGCCGUCCCCGAGGAGGGAGAACCCUGGGUCCGCUAUAGUCACGGGACGUGCCCGGGUGCUGUCGGUCGGUGAGAAGCUGAUGAGAGCAGGCAGCGAAACCAUCUUGACCAGGCGGAAGUCCUUGAAAGGUGCUGGGUCUCAGGAUAAGGAGCAAACCCAAACUGAGACUCAGGGCCUGGAGGAGAAGGAUCGUAACAUGGAGUCAAGUAAAACCAACAUCAGUCCUCCUAAAGUUUCAAGUCAGCAUCUUGGAUCUGGCAACAAGCAAAGCAAGGGUAACCUCAGAGUGACCUCCCCGGAGGAUGUGGAGCACCUGAACCGCAGGCAGGUCUCACCAAAUGGAACGCCUAACUCCAGAGGGGACGCCAAGGGCAGCAAGACCGUGCCACGGAGACACACGUUAGGGGGAGCGCGCAGCACCCGAGAGAUCCUGGCUAUGCAGCCAUCAGACAUGGAUAAAAAGAGGGAGGCUUUCCUGGAGCACCUGAAGCAUAAAUACCCUCAUCACGCCUCUGCAAUCAUGGGACACCAGGAGAGGCUGCGUGAGCAGAGCAGAAGCCCCAAGCACAGCGCCAGCCCGCAGUCUAGCAUCGGUGACCAAGCUGACCACCUCUCUCUGGCCUCACUGGACUCACUGGAAGCCAUGUCAGAAGUGGACGCUCCAACAGCCUUUACUCGGGGCAGCCGCAUUCGGGCCAGUCUGCCUGUGGUCAAAUCUACAAACCAGACAAAGGACCGAUCACUCGGUGUGCUGUACCUACAGUACGGUGACGAGACCAAGCAGCUUCGUAUGCCCAAUGAGAUCACCAGCAUCGACACCAUCCGAGCUCUGUUUGUAAGUGCCUUCCCGCACCAGCUCAACAUGAAGAUGUUGGAGUCACCCAGUGUUGCCGUCUAUGUCAAAGAUGACAUGAGGAAUAUGUACUACGAGCUCACGGACGUAAGGAACAUAACAGACCACUCCUGCCUGAAGGUUUACCACAAAGACCCUGCUCAGGCCUUCAACCACGGUCCCAGACCUGCCAACGGGGACGCCAGGAUGCACAUGGAGAUGGUGAAUUCUAUGAGGCAGCCCCCCAUGGGUCCUCCACCACAUCACCCAAUGCAGGGGGCACUUCCCCCAUCUCCUCACGCCAUGCCUCCAUCCCCCUCCAGGAUUCCAUUUGGCCCACGGCAGGGAUCUAUACCUGGCAGUGCCACUAUGCCCAGAGAGCGACUGCCAAAUACCAACGCCCCACCUCGCUCCAUUUCCCCAUGUCCCAGUGCAAUCCUGGAGAGACGGGACGUCAAGCCGGAUGAGAACCUGGGCGGGAAGAGCCACAGUCUUUCCAGAGCGAACGAGGGCUUAUAUGCAGAUCCUUAUCUUCUACAGGAAGGAAGAAUAGGCAUGGCGACGGCCCACGGCCCACAUCCGGGCCUGGAUGGUCCAGAUCAUGCGUACCACCGUGCCUCCAUCCGCUCAACAAGUUCUUACACGGGUCCAAGCCCCACAGACACUAUUGAUCACCCCUCCCUGUACAGGCAGAAGUCUAGAAACAGCCAGCUGCCCACUCUGGGCUCCAAGACUCCGCCGCCAUCGCCUCACCGCAUCUCGGAGGUAAGGAUGAUUGACAUCCAUGGCGGCCCUCCUCAUAUAGGUCCCAUGGAGCGGAGCUCCCCCGUGCGCCAAUCCUUCAGGAAAGAAGACUUAUCAGGCGCCAAGCCUCGAAACAUGGGGUCGCCUGUGGUUUCAGAUCUGGGAGCGCCCAUCCUUCCUGCGGGGGACAACCAGACCCGAGAGCGAAUGAAGGCUAUGGAGCAACAGAUUGCCAGCUUGACUGGUCUUGUUCAGCAUGCACUUUUAAAGGGGCCAAACACUAGUGGCACCAAGGAGCCUUCAAGCAGUGAGAGACCUCCAAAGACAUCAUCUCCAGCCCACAGUGCACACAGCUCAGGGGGUUCUCCAGUCUUGGUGCAAAAGCAUAAUGGGCCACCUUCAGAUAAAACGCCACUCAAAGUCAACCUCCUGCAGUUCAGGAAGAAUGUGUCUGACCUUCGGUUGCAGCUGCAUCAGAUGCGUCAGCUCCAGCUCCAGAACCAGGAGAUUUUACGGGUACAGCUGAAGAGGGCCGAGCAGGAAAUAAGCGUCAAACUCUCUGAGGCCAUGCGACGUGUGGAGGACCCUGUCCAGAAGCAGAGAGCCACAGUGGAAGAGGAUCGACACAAGUACCUCGGCCUGGAGGAGCACGUUCUCAAACAACUCAGUGAUCUGGAGCAGUAUGUGGGUGUUCUGCAAAAAGACACUCAGAGAGCUGUGACUCUCAAAGAGGUGGAAGAGGGGGCUGUGACUCUGAGAAACGUGGGAGAGUCUCUAGCGGGCCUCAAAGGAGAAUUUCCUGCCUUGCAAACCAGAAUGAGAGCCGUGCUCCGAGUGGAAGUUGAGGCUGUGAAGUUUUUGAAGGAGGAGCCCCAUAAACUGGACAGCAUGCUGAAGAGGGUGAAGAGCCUCACAGACACUCUGAGCAGCAUGAGAAGAUCAGCAACUGAAACUCCUCAACUAGCUCCCGACUCUACAGUUGUGGACAACGGGCGACACGUUGAGACUGCUCCCUCUACCCAACCUGGCACAACAGCGCCCCCAUUGGAGCCUCAGAAUUCAACAAUUAAAUCCGAGGUGAUGCCUUCCUCCCCUAUGGUCAUCCAUCACGCCCAGAGUUCGCCGGUCCACAUGCAACAGUCCCAGCAAUCUGCAGCGCUGUCUACUCAACCAAGCCCCCCGAUGACACCCACACUAGUUCAGAGCACUAACAAGAAUCAAGGCCGAGAAUCUCCCAAGGGAGUCGAUCCACCAAGUCCUGCCCACCGUAAGAAGACAAAUGGAACCUCCGUGAAUAACGGGAACGGCCUUUCCAUGCAGGAUCAUGUCAUUGAGGAGCUGCAGAGCAGUCAGGACAAGUGCAAGAGCAGAGCCAUUUCCAUCGAGGCAGCUGAGAAGGAGUGGGAAGAGAGAAGGCAGAACAUGGGCCAGUUUGAUGGAAAAGAGUUUGAUAAGAUCCUCCAGGAGGCCCAGGCCAACAUGAUGAAGGGGCUUCCCCCUUUGGAAGUGCAAGAGUGCCCACCCCAGCAAAAUGCAGACUCCACAAAGACCCCCAGUCCAGUGGCUUCACCAACUGAUAUAAAGGAGCCUCCAUCUGAGUGUGACUCAAUCAGACCUGUCAAGAAGGGACCUGAAAAGCUUCCAAAGCCAGCGAUGGAGAAACCAGCCAAACUUUCACAAGAGAGACCCAAGACUAUCAGCAAACCUACGUCAUUAGAAGGCCUCACAAGACAAGGGUCGGACAAGUCUGGCAAGUUUCCACCGCCUCCUCCUCCUAGGAAGACCUACUCCAGCUCAGGCAUGACCACUACUCGUUCUGGAGAGGUGGUCUACACCAGCAGAAAGGAGUCUGUAUCUUCCCAGGAGGGUGAAGAAGAAGCUCCACCUCCAACUCCGCCGCCCAAACCCAACAAAAUUCAACCAGAAGCAAAGAAGCCUGUGACGCCUCCUCUUGUACCUGCCCCUGCAGCUAAAGAGGAUGAGGAUGAUGGGGACAAGAUCAUGGCAGAACUUCAGGUUUUCCAGAAGUGCACAGUUAAAGAAGUAGGGCUGAAACAUACAGUAGAGCCCACUCCUGGAAUUGAAGCACAAAUAAGAGAAAUCAGAGCAGGGGAUUUAUUGCCACUCAAAGAGAAAAAGCAGAGCUCAGAGCCCAGUCGCGACGAUAAAGAUCCAGACACAGAUGAAAAUGGAAAUUCUGCCAUACGAAAGAGCCAAGGGGUCAUUUACUAUGUGACGGGGAAGAUUCCCAAAGAACCCUUGUCAGCAAUGGAGGAAACCCCUGAACGUCGCGAGCUAGCACCGCCUCAAUCUCAGGUGUCAAAUGUCAAUGUUAAUGAGAAUUCUUCGAGCCAGCAGCAGCUCCAUUCGCCAGUGUCACCCAAAUCACCGCCGCCUCCGAUAUCGCCGAAACCCGUCGGACUGAACGGAUUCAAAUUUCCCCGGAAACAAAUGAAACGCGCAGAGUCUUUGAAGACCGCAGCGGAAAUGGAGAAAGGGAAAAAACUUAAAAUUACUAAGGAAAAGAAAAUACAUUUUUCUUCCAGUAAGGUUGUAGUGCGUGAGCCUGCAGUUGCUGCUGCGCCCCCUGCGUUAAAACCUGUUCAUAAAGCUGUGGAACCAGAAAAAGAAUUACCUGUGAGUGAUGGAAAGUCUGUUGAUGAAGAGGCGGGCCUUAGUCCUGACCUACCUGGAGAAGAAGCCCCUCCUCCGCCUGACAACAUUGCCUUCAUGGUCACCAAUACAAAAGUUCAGGCACUUUCUUGUGGCGAGUACCAAGAGCUGGUCAAUGCCAAAAAAGACAGUGUCGAGACUGUUACUGUUGGUGGUUCUGCAAAGCGAACAAACACAGAGGAGGAUCCCAACGCUCCUUUAGAUAAUGGUUUCAACAAGAAGCCUGUUAUCAUCAUCUUUGAUGAGCCAAUGGACAUCCGCUCAGCGUACAAACGCCUGUCCACUAUUUUUGAGUGUGAGGAAGAACUGGAAAGGAUGUUGUCAGAAGACCCCAUUGUUGAGGAGAGCGAGGAGUCUGACAGCGAAAGGAGUGUGGGUCACGUGAAGGAGGCCGACAUGGUUGACGGCAAAACGGAUAAUUCUUCACACAGCAACGGAGACCACACAAGCUUGUCGUCCUCGUCUUCAUCCUCAAUCUCUGAGCUAGCUGAAGGUAAUGGCGGGGAUGGAGAUUUCAAGGCGGAUGGGAAAAAGAAAUUCAAAUUCAAGUUCCCGAAGAAACAGUUCGCGGCUCUCACCCAGGCCAUCCGCACCGGCUCCAAGUCCGGCAAGAAGACACUUCAGGUGGUGGUGUAUGAGGAUGAGGAGGAAUCGGACGGCACGGUGAGGCAACACAAGGAAGCGAAGCGGUACGAGAUCGCUUGCUCCAAGUCUUCUACUGAAGCAAAGUCUGUGCCACUUCAAAGACACAACCCAGAGACUAUCUGCAGGACAAAUGAGAUCCGCAAGAACACUUACAAGACCUUGGACAGCUUAGAGCAGACCAUCAAGCAACUGGAGACCACCAUCACUGAGAUGGGACCCUGUUCCCCAGACGAUAUAGAACCAACAAAAGGCGGGAAUGGGACCAUCUCCGAGGGGUUAAAAAGGUCUUCCUCACUACCUGCUUCCAGAGGUCCUAAGCUAGCCAGCAAACCUUCCAUCGAGAGGAAGUCAAAGCCUCAGGUCCUCCCUCGCCCUUCAGUCAUCCCACCCAACACCACCACUGUCCUCAGUGUCCCCACCACAGUUCAACAGAACACCAGUGUCGCGUCCCCCACUAGUCGGAUGCCCGUCCCUUUGUCUGCGAAGUCCAGGCAGUCGUCGGCUACUACUGACAAAGCAGGGAAGCAACAAAAACUGCAGGACGCACAAAGGCAGUUUCGCCAGGCUAACGGAAGUGCUAAAAGAGUGGGAGGGGAUCAUAAAACCAUUGCCCCCACUAUUCCCACCUCUAAAAUCCCUGCUUUUUAUCCUAGCUCUACUAAAAGCAGCUCCCAGUCUGUGCAAAACUCUGAUGCCGCUAACCUCAUUAACCUGUCUGCCUCCUCUACUUCUGUGACAAAGUCCUCUAUCUUGUCCCCCCGUUCUGGUCCCCUGCCCUCCUCCCACAUCCCCUCCCUGUCUAACGGAUCCCUCAAACUCCCCACACCCUCACAACACGCAGGUAAAGCUCUUUCGUUUUCCUCACAGACACAGAAUGGUCGAGUGCACUCCUCCUCCUCCUCCUCCUCUUCAUUCUCCUCCUCCUCCCCCUCCCCUCUGUCGCCCACUCCUUUGGGCCCAGGUGGAAAGAGCAUCCGAACCAUACACACCCCCAGCUUCAACAGCUACAGGUCCCACAACGGCAGCAGCGGCAAAUCCUGCAUCCCAACUGCUACAGCAGCCAAGGACGCUUAGCCCCAUUAUGACUCUUAUGUCUAAAGUGUCCUGCAGGUAGUCCAUUUUUUAACACCUUGUUAUUUUGUAAGUUGUAAAGUAUUAAUAAUGCACUCUGCCCUUUUGUUUUAUUUGACACUGGCAUUCUCUCACCAACGCUUUUUAUUUCCUUGUUUUUAGAUGGAAAAAAUAUAUAAAGUUUUAUGGAUCUGAUGGUGUUGAAAAUAGUUUUCUUGCUGUAGGGAAUGUAGAGUUUAUGUACAAUCACAUGUAAAGAGUGUUUUAUUUUUCAAAAGCAGAUCACGGAUAACAUAGUAUAUUUAAUCUGUCUCUUAUUUUGCUUGAUGUUCGACCCACACACCUUUGUAAAUGCCUUCUGUUUACAUAAUGUAUACAGAUUUGAUUUUUCAUGAAUAUCAACUGCCAAUUUCUGUACCAUACGAGUAAAAAAAAAAUGAUACCAUGAUUAAUAUCCAGAUUCAUUUAUGUGCCUACGUGCCAAAGUUGUUGAGCAAUGACUGUGUUUCACAUAUACAGUGGGAUCAGAAAUAACUAAUGACAUGGAGCCCUCUGACAUGGAAGGGUGCAUUUUUAUUCAUCUAUAUUUAAUGGUUCUAAUGUAGUUUCAACAAUUACGUCACAAUCCAUAUUGGAUAAAAUAGUCAAUUUUAAUUAUACGAUUUAAUAGUGAUAUUGAAAAAAAGCACAUUAUUUAGAGAGACAAGACAUUGUGUAUUCGUGUUGAGAAAACAAUGGCCCUUACUAAUGUUCAAGUUAUGUAGUUAAACAUGAUAAACGCACUUGGACUGUAACAUCAAAUAUUUGGGUCUGAUGAACACUGUCCAUCUGAACGCAGCCAUUGUUUCACUCAAGGCCGAGCUGAGUCUCAAGAUUUCGGGGGAUUUAACCAGGCACUCUCUCUGGGUGACCUCAGUAUUUGCACUGCUGGUCCUACUUAAGUUUAAGUUGACAUGUUUUUGUGUCUAAAUUUAAGCUGAACUGAUAAAAGAAUCUACAUAUAUGGAGCAAAUCAAGACGUGUACAUAGACGGUUCUCGAGAAUUAGUAGUUUUGUUAACAAACCAAAGUUUAUUUUUAAGCACGCCUGUCAGAUAUUGUAGGAGAGUGGUGUUUAAAAAUUCAUGUUUGCACAGAUCUAUUUUGUAAAUAUUGUUGGUUUCUUUCUUUUUUGUAAAGCUUUAAAUCUUAUGAGCAAUUUGGUCAAAACAAAACUGUGUUGGAUUAGCCGAAAUAAACAUUGCAUGCGUGGAAA